CGCCAUGGGCCACCAAUGGCCACCCCCACCGCCACCGCGCUCACCUGCUCCUGCCGCCCCUCGCCCUCGCCCUCGCCCUCGCCCUCGUCCUCCGUCGCCUCCCGCCGGCUGAACAUAUUCGCCCCCCUGUCUCCUCGCCGCCGCCGCCUCCUCCGUCUCGCGCCGUUGCACGUCGUCGAUGACUCCAGCACCGAUCUCCCGGAGGAGAGGUCUCGGACGGAUAAGAUGGUCGACGGCAUGGACUUCGGGGAGCUCUGCAACGACUUCGAAUGCAUAAGUAGCCCCUACGUGGAGUCCACGGCGAGGCAGAUCGCGCGGGACAUCCUCGAGCUCCGCGACGACAACCGCGCAUUCAACUGCUACGCUGUCUCCGUCAAGUACAAGGACCCACUCAGGACAUUUGUUGGGCGUGAGAAGUACAAGAGGCCAUUAUGGAUCACCAAGGCAUUGGAAAAGCCUGUAGUGACAGUCCAAGAAAUGUCAAUGCAAUCGACAAGCAAUCUGACCAUUAAAUGGGCAUUCAGAGGGAAGCCUAAGAAUCCGUUCUUUGCGACCAUGGGAGGAGAUGUCAUUGUCCGUGUUGUAUCACAGUUCGUCUUGAACCAGAUAAGUGGACAAGUACUCGAACAGGUAGACUCCUGGGACCUCUCUGCCUCGUCUUUUCCAGCUCAGGCCUACUUUUGGCUGUCCAGAAGGGUUUACUCCACCGUUGAGUCCGGGAAGGAUACAAUCGAAGCUGCUAAGAGCACGACAUCUGGGCUAACAAAGGGAGAUCAGAAUUUCGAGGCUUAUCCAGAUCCUUCUAGUGAUCCUACAAAGUUCUUUCAAAGGCCAGAUGAUGGAUUCAAUCAAGACGUGUACCAGAUUGGGUUUCUCCUGGCCGUGAUCUACUUCAUUGUACAGUUUUUGAGAACGGUUCUGUGACUGCAGACCAACUUCAUCGUGGCAGAUGAUGUGCAUAUAUACCGGCAAUGAGGUGUCUAGUAGCAUUUUGUCUACCUCAAGAUCUCUUGAGUCAUAGAGGUAGGGUGAAUGUAUGCGUGUCCGUAUGAGCAAGUGUACGGUGUCUGUAGCAUUUGCAUGUGUACUGUAUUUGAAUUAGUAAUAUCCGAGUGUGUACAGAAUGACUUGAUAGGAUUUCCAAUCUAUAGUAAGCUGACAUUUUUGUUGUCUUGGAACUUACGGGUGCAAGUAGUUUAGAAUGUGUUUGUAUCUUGAAUAAGUUAUUGUUUAUUGUCUGAUUCCAGACAAAUAUCCUUUUAAGAUCCAUAUGAA